GGAGAAAACUCUGUUACUCACUCCGUCUCCAACUUUGAGAGGAAGUUACCACCUCUUCCCCAGACACUGCACACACACACACACACACACUUACACACAGUGAGGCAGACACACACUCUCUGUAGGACUUGACCACAGCAGCAACACUGAAUCAACAGAAACAGUCAGGACUGCUUGUAACGCUGGGUUUUUCAAAUGUGGAGGGAAAGAAGACUGAGAUAUUCUCUCUGUGUGGACUGAACAGUUGUAGAAGAACGCUGUUUUCUUAUCACUCACCGCUUUGCCAAAUGAACCGUUUACCCUGAGGACCAAAGAUCACGGGCCCUGAUCCAACAGCAAAGGAGAGACAGAGACAUCAUUUUGCAUCCAUUUUUCUAACUUCUCCUUGCACCAUGAGCUGGGACUGAGGGUGAGCUCCAAAGUUUCAUUUUGUGGUGGAAAGAGAAUAAAGUGAAGAUCAUCAUGGAUGUGAAGAAGAAAGAGAUGGACCUCCUGAGCAACAGCAUAGCUGCUUAUGCACAUAUCAAAGCAAACCCAGAAAGCUUUGGCCUUUACUUUGUGCUGGGCGUGUGUUUUGGCCUGGUGCUGACGCUCUGCCUGCUGGUCAUCCGCAUCUCCUGCAAGCCACGGACCAACGUCGCCCCCUCCACGCCGCCAGAGAAGAAGCAGUUAAAGGACAUCAGCGAGGAGGAGGAGGAGAGUGAGGACGAUGAAGAUGAAGAAGUGGACGAUGUGGAGGCACAGGUCCCUUUGACCAGCACGGAAAUCCCUGUGGGUAAUCAUAACAGCCACUCAGACGGGACGCUGAGUGUCAACGUGUUUACUUCGGCUGAAGAGCUGGAGCGGGCACAGCGACUGGAGGAGAGGGAGCGCAUCAUACGUGAGAUCUGGAGGAAUGGUCAACCCGAUAUCCUGGGGACAGGGACCGGGACGAUUGGAAGAGUGCAUUACUACUAAGAGGCUACAAGAGAAACACUAAAUGCAAUCUCUGCUUGGGAUUGACAAAGACCCUUGAGUGGGCCUGGUGUCCCUGAAGCCUGCAUGACUUGAGAACCUGUGUAAGACACACAAUGACACAAGGAACAGAGCUUGAACAGUGACGGUGCCGCAUUUGAUAUACUUGGCUCUGACGGAGCUGAACUUUGAGAUAUUGCACUUCUUAUUAAGCAAUGUUAUUUUUAAAACGGACUACGUGACCUUAUACCAGGAGAUGUCUUAACGACUGAUGAAACCACAUGGAAAAGAGGCAGUGUGAAUGUGGGAGCUGAUGGACACUUGAAGUUAUCAGUCUGUUUAAAUGUAUGACGCUUUAAGAUGUAGUUCAGGUUUUUUUUGAGGUGGUGCGCUGCCAGCAUGGUGCUGUCAUUGCGACCCAGGCUGAAACACGGAUGCUUUCCCCCUAAGAAUAUGUUUUCCCACAUUAAUUCACCUUGAAUCUUUAUAAACCGCUUACUCUCCCACAGCAAAGUCCAUAGAGAAAAUCUGCGUCUUUAGCUCAAGGGGACACAGGAGCUGCUGGAUGCCAAAUCCUAAAAUCACAUUUAAAUUUACUGGUAGAGGUAACAGUGGAACAACAACUCUUGUGUGUCAUGAUGAAAAACUGCUGAUUUUCUCUAUGGACUUUGGUGUAUGGAAGAAUUGGUUUAUAGAUAUGAGCUUCCUUUGGUCCCCACAGACAAGCACUGUGUCUCAGACUGGUUACUUGUGAUGGCAGUGUGGUAGUGGCAUACACCAAAAGGUCAACACUGAGCAUGUGUCAGUACAUCAUACAACCACCCUUGAAAAACACCGGAACUAUCCCUUUAAGGACAUAAAUGCACAAAGGUUUGAUGUAGGCUAUGUAAUAAUUGAAAAGGACAUCAUACAUAAAGAUGAGUACAUGUGUAUGUUGGAAUGAAGAAUAUGUGUUGGCAGUUCAUAGCACAUAUCAGUGAGUUGUGGAGUCAGAUUAUGAUGAGAGUCUUGAAUUUAAAAGUAUCCAUCUGUGUCUUCAGGGGGUGCUUCCACCAGAGGAAAUGACAGAAUUAAAGUAUUAAGCUGAAAUAAUUUGUUUCUCUCCAUAAUGCUUAAAUGUCAUCACAAACAGAGAUUUUCUUUUCCAUACCUUUGGGACAUGAAUUUUUAAAUAAAACAGUUAAAAUCCAAAAGUCUAUUUUUACUUCUGCCAAGGAGGUUAUGUUCUUUUACGUUAUGUUUUCUGAGUCUGAACAACACAACUUACAAGGUUAACAGUAGAUUUGAAUGCAUUUUUUAUGCUCUAUUACAUUUUGGUGGUGAUCCAGUGGUGGAUUCAAGAUUUUCUUUCACAAAGAUGUUUAAACUUGCAAGAUAAUGGGAGUUUUUGAUUCAGCUUAAAAUGUUGGCAUUGCUUGCAAAAACCUACUUAUUUAACAGUUUAUUUGUCAAGGACAACGUGAAAACAAUAAUGUCUAGUAGUAUGAAACAUAUGUCUUGCAUAUCGAAUUUCUAGCCAAGGCUUAUUUGCAAUCCCUGUCCUUGGUUAAACUUUUCUAAAAUGUAAAACAGAACAUACAGUAAAUGAAAAUGAUACACAACAGUGACAAUCCUAAUUACUUUAUUUUUAGUUAACCUUUAUUUAGCUAGGAAGUCCCUUCAGAUUAAAUGUCUUUUUGACCUGCAUGGCCAAGAGGCACAUGGGUACAAUAAAAGAGCAAAUGGAAUAAAAACAUACAUAUACUUAAGACGUCAUAAAAACCAAAGAGUGUAAGACAGUCCCAAGAAAAGUCACUAAAAACAUGGAAGAGAUACAUUAGCUAAAUAUACUGUAUUUACAACAUUAACAUUCUCAAAAAUAUAACUAUGUAAUAGUACCUCCUAUUGGUCUUUAUUGGUGUGUGUCAAAAUCUGGAUCAAGAUUCAGAUUUGAAGCAUGAAUAACAUGUUAAAAAAAAUAGGAAACGGAUUCAGACAGCAGCCUCUGCCAAGGUUUCUGUCUAUAAUUUCUAUAAUAAUUCUUUCUUUGAGGCAUAACCUGCUGCACAUCCACACAAAAUAUCAUCAAAUCUUUUGAAAUGGUGCUGCACACAAUGCAGCUAAUUACUCAUUUUUGAAAACUGUAUCUAUUUCCAAUUGAAGGAACAGCUUAAAAAAAAGAUAUUAUUUUCUAAUAAAGCAUCAGUCAACCAA